GGAUUGGGGGGCCAUCACUGGGCAACGGCGUGCCCUCGGCUGAGACUCGAUAAAGUUUCCCAGGUGGAAGAUGUAGAAUUGAGGGGCUCCUGCUUUCACUGGAAAAUGCUCUGUGGACAGAGCAGCAUUAGCUCAGAUCGCCUUUGUUCUCUCCCAACUUUACAGGUGGAAGGCGACACAACCUCCUCAACUGUCCCACCGUCCAGUGGCUGAAAACAUCUGCCAGUUACAGUCUCACCUCUCUACGCACUCUCAACAAUCUCGUACCUGGGACGCAGACGGUCGACCUCAAACUGCUUCCUUUUGGAGUGUUGAGGCUGUUCUGCAAAUGGCUUCUGCUGAUCCUGACUGAGAUUUCCGAGAAUGGAUACCAGAAAAAUCUCAACUGUGACCCUGAUUCUGAUAGAGAUGGGCACUGGAGUCUCAGGAAAUGUGUUUCUCCUCCUGGUAUCUGUCCGUACGGUUUCCACCAACCACAAGCCCAGCUCCUCAGAACGGAACCUCAUCCACUUAGCUUUGGCCAACAUCCUGAUGCUCCUCACCAGGGGAAUCCCCGAGACCAUGGCAGCUGGGGGGUGGAGAAAUUUCUUGGAUGUUGUAGGGUGUAAAAUCCUCUUUUAUUUUCACCGAGUGGCUUGUGCUCUCUCUCUUUGUACCACCUGCCUCCUGAGCAUCUUCCAGGCCAUCACCAUCAGCUCCGGCACCUCCAGGUGGGCAGCAGUCAAAUCCAAAUUGCACAAGUGCAUCAUCCCCUCCUGCCUCCUCUCCUGGGUCGUCAAUCUCCUGGUCAAUGUCACAGGACUCAUAUACAUUUCAGGGCCGCUGAACACCACCAGAAAUACAGUACUUCCGAAUUACUGUUCUUCUGUCAGUGUCACUGCAGGAAUCACCUUGGUCAAUGCAAUUGUGCUUUCUCUGCGGGAUCUCUUCUUUGUGGGAACCAUGAGUGUGGCCAGCAGCUACAUGGUGUUCAUCCUGCAUAGACACCACCGGCAGGUCCGCCACCUCCAUGGGCUGGGACGGUCCCCCAAGGAGAUGCCCGAGGUCAGAACGGCCAAGAGGGUCAUCGCCCUCGUCACCCUCUAUGUCCUCCUCUCUGGGAGAGAUGCAGCCACGCUAAGCAGUUUGCUCAAGGGGAGAGAAAAUUCUCCUGAGUUGGUCAGCAGCCACUUGGUUUUGACUUUCACCUUCUUGGCCUUCAGUCUGUUCCUAUUGAUUCACAGUAACCAGAGGAUGAGAAUGUUCCGAAAGAGGAAAUCUCCCAUUUCCAAUGCUGAUGGCAUCCCAAGUCCCAGAGAUGGCAUGUUCUCCCCUCCGGUCACUCCAUGA